AUGGAUGCACCAUAUACACACAAGAAAUAUAUUACUAGUAGCAACGGGGAUCCCAAGAAAAAUGUAAAAACACUGUAUACGGUGAAGAAUGGGCCAAGUUAUGGUUUAAUAAUUUCAAAAAAGCUUAAUCGAACAGUUCGCCUAUUUUCUGAUGUAGAUCUUGCCACUAAUGAUAUUUAUUAUCAAAACUUUGGAAACAAUUCAAUAUCUGAAGACUCAGUUGACUUAACAGUACUGGAACUUACAACAAAAACAAUGACAGUUAAUCCAGUCAAAAUUAAGUUUACUUUAAAUGAGAUGAAUCCUCGACCAUAUUUAAAGGCUUGUAGGCCAAUGCGCAUUUUAACUGGUUCAUCAGCUGUUAUCCAUACGGAUUAUUUAAAUGCAGCAUUGACAAGUGGGUUCAAUUCAGAUCAAAUCACCUAUGAAAUCUUGUACACUCAUCAAGGUCACGUGGUGUUUUUAAACAGUUUGUCUGUUAGUUUAAGUACAUUUACACAAGUGGAUCUUCGACGAGGACGAGUUGGAUUUGUUCAUAGCGGUUCACAGAAAGGUACGGCUUGCGGUUUCGCCUUCGUUCUGAUAUACAAUUUACAUCGAUCUGAAAUUUAUCAGUUUCAAAUAAUUCCUGGCACAGUAGAAUUGAAUGUCGUAAGCAAUCGAACAUUGCUAGUAUUCCCCAAAGGAUUUGAAAUAAUCACUCCUCAUCACAUCAAUACUCAAAUAAAGUUCAGUGCCCUGAAACCGAUGGAUUAUGAAUCUAACUCAACUGCGUUGGAGAAUAACAAUCUAUCUAAUACUUCGUCAUCACUUGAAAACGAGUUGGGUCUUUAUGUGGUGUACAAGGUUUUAUCUCAGCCAACACAUGGGUCAAUAGUCAGGUUCAGUGUCACAGACAGAAAUCAUUUGGCCGUUUGGAAUGAUAGUGUAUAUGAAUUCACUCAGGAGGAAAUCAAAUUGGGAAGAAUAGCCUAUACCUUUCACCCAAAUAAAUGGCGUAUAAACAGAAAUCAUUUUACAUUGUUACAAUAUAAUUCUGACAUUGAAGAUGAAUAUAUUGUUAGUGCAAGUAUUGUAAAGCGUACCACCAUUAUGAAUAAAGACAAUGAGAAAAAUUACAAUAAUAAUAAUAAUAAAAAAGAUCAUAAUAUUACUGAUAUAUCAAACUAUCAUGAUUAUGCAGAACACUUAACAUCUCAAAUAAUAUUUGGUUCAAUUUCUAUAUCGUAUGAUUAUAUUUUUAAAUAUAAUCAAAAUCGUCUAUUAAAUAUUAAUCCCUUAAUAUUACAUAAUGGUCAUACUGUUGAAAUUACACUGAGUCAUAUCAAUCCCAAUCCAGUUCGUGAUUUUUUCAGAAAUAAUAGAUCAGAAAGCAAAAAUCUUAAAAUUGCAAGACCUCCAGAACAUGGAGCCCUUUGGUUAGGAUCAAAAAGGAUGAAAACUGGUAGUGUAAUUCCUGGUUUAUUGAGUGGCGAGUUAGAAGAAAAAUUAAUUUAUCAACAUGACGGCUCAUUAACAAAAAAGACAGUUUCGAACUACUGGUAUAUCAAUUAA